AUCCCUUUACGACUUCGCAGCAAAACCUCUCGUCUCGUCUUUGUACAAAAUUUGGAUUUUUAAUUAUAUAUAAAGAAAAAUAGCAAAAGCCGCAAAAAAAAUCUCGAUUCCUUGAUUCGUGGGAAUAUUUUCGUCUCCGCGCUAGAUUUUUGUUGAUUUGUAUGAACUUGAACCGAUUUCGGUCAAGAAUGGCGGAGGAAAUCUCCAAGACAAAGCUCGGAUCUUCUUCUUCUUCUUCUGCUGCGGUGGCUGACUCAUCUGCUGCGGCGGCGGCUGCUACGAAUGCGGCGAAAUCGAGAUGGAAAAUCUUGUGGCCCAAUUCCCUCCGUUGGGUCCCUACCUCCACCGAUUACGUCAUCGCCGCCGAGAAGCGUCUUCUCUCAAUCCUCAAGACGCCUUAUGUACAAGAACAAGUCAAUAUUGGUUCAGGACCACCAGGGUCCAAAAUCAGGUGGUUUCGCUCUUCGAGCAAUGAGUCACGAUACAUCAACACUGUUACCUUUGAUGCCAAGGAGGGUUCUCCAACUCUCGUGAUGGUUCAUGGAUAUGGGGCUUCUCAAGGUUUCUUCUUCCGUAACUUUGAUGCUCUUGCCAGCCGAUUUAGGGUCAUCGCUAUUGAUCAACUUGGGUGGGGUGGAUCAAGUAGGCCUGAUUUUACGUGUAAAAGCACAGAAGAAACAGAGGCAUGGUUCAUCGACUCCUUUGAGGAAUGGCGGAAAUCCAAGAAUCUCAGUAACUUUAUUCUAUUAGGACAUUCUUUUGGAGGUUAUGUUGCUGCUAAAUACGCGCUUAAGCAUCCUGAGCAUGUUCAACACUUAGUUCUGGUGGGAUCUGCUGGGUUCUCAGCAGAAUUAGAUGCCAAGUCGGAAUGGCUCACUAAAUUUAGAGCAACAUGGAAAGGUGCAGUCCUAAAUCAUUUAUGGGAGUCGAAUUUCACUCCUCAAAAGCUGGUUAGAGGAUUAGGUCCUUGGGGUCCAGGUCUUGUAAAUCGGUAUACAAGUGCAAGAUUUGGUGCACAUUCGGAGGGAACUGUGCUAACAGAGGAGGAAUCCAGAUUGCUCACCGAUUAUGUCUAUCACACUUUGGCUGCAAAGGCUAGUGGAGAGUUGUGCUUGAAAUACAUCUUCUCCUUUGGAGCAUUUGCUCGGAAGCCCUUCUUACAAAGCGCAUCAGAGUGGAAAGUGCCAACAACUUUUAUCUACGGAACGAAUGAUUGGAUGUACUACAAAGGUGCAGUAGAAGCACGGAAACUCAUGAAGGUCCCUUGCGAAAUCAUUCGAGUUCCACAGGGUGGCCAUUUUGUGUUCAUAGACAAUCCAGCUGGUUUUCAUUCUGCAGUGCUUUAUGCUUGCCGUAAGUAUAUAUCUCAAGAUUCUUCUCAUCAAGAAAUCCUCCCGGAUGGUUUACAAUUGGUUUAGUCGUAAUAUGUUGUUCUUUUACAUUUCAACUUUCAUAUAUAGAUGUACAAAGAAUAAAAGAGAACAUCAAAAGAAGGAUUCUUUUUAUUUAUUCUUUUACAUUUUUAUUUAUU